CCACCACCAUGCUUAUCCAGAAGACCUUCCACGACGUCCCCUCCAAGCUCGACCCCAAUGGGCGCAAGCUUCGCAUCUUCGUCAUUUCGCCCAACGUUCCUAGCUACCCGCACGCCAAGUUUCCAGGCGUUGUAUGUUUCAGCGAAAUCUAUCAGGUCACUGGCCCUGUAGAACGCUUUGCGGGCCAGAUCGCCAGUCAUGGAUACGUUGUGGCGUGCCCGUCGAGCUACCACGAGUUUCAGGGUCCCGAGGCCAUCCCGUACGAUGCGGAAGGAACUGACAGAGGAAAUAGGUUCAAGAUUGAGAAGGAGCUCGCCGCCUACGAUGAGGACGCGACAAUCACGAUCGACCUUCUGUGUUCCCUCACGAACUGCAAUGGGAGGAUUGCCGCGACUGGCAUGUGUCUCGGGGGCCAUCUGGCGUUCCGCGCCGCCUUUGACGCGCGUGUUUUAUCUUCCGUGUGCUUUUUUGCCACGGACGUGCACAGCGCCACGCUCGGCAAGGGCAAGAACGACGACUCCCUGGUCCGCGUCCGACGAGGCGAACUCACAGGCAAAGGCGAACUCGUGAUGAUAUUUGGGAAACAAGACACGCACGUUCCCCGAGCAGGCCGAGACUUGAUCAGAAAGGAGCUCGAAGACGCGAACGUCACUACGACAUUCCUAGAGGUGCAAGCACAACAUGCCUUUAUCCGUGACGAAGAGUCGAAAGGCCGAUGGGACGCAGCGCUCACCAGGUCGAUCUUCAGCUUCCUGUUGGAGGUGUUUGAGCGUAAUGUAGGACGAGACCUGGGCCCUAGGAGCAACGAUGCUGUUGCUGUUGAACACAUCUGUUGAGGUGCAGAAUGCGUGAAGGUGCCGAAUACGUCUGUUAAGCUGCUGCAUGUGCAUGUACGUUCAGGAUACAUCAAAUUUGAUAUCGCACACUGCAGCGACAUAUUUCGGUCUAA